CUAAGCGCGUGACUUAAAUUUACUUCCGGUUUAUAAUGAGAAAGUAAUCAAAAUGUCAAUUUUGUUUUCUUCACUCCUCUCACUGAUGUGAAAUUGAUAAGUUAAAAGGACAACGAUGGCGUCAAAGAAUGUGAAAUCUUCUACUUUGCCUCCAGGUUUAAAGUAUUCAACCCAACAACAAGAAGAAAAUGAGGGAUUUUUAAGCAAAUUACGCAAGAAAUUUAAGUUGAAGAAAGCGAAAUACCAUGUGGACGUUAGCACGGGAGAAUGUGACAAUAUAUCACCUCUCUCAUUUAAGAAACGUCAGAGUGUUGAAGUACAACAGGAUGAAACACCUUGGACGUUGCGAGAUCCUAGUGAUAUUGAAAAUGGCCAACUGAUGGAAUCAAAAUCUGAAUCCCCAGGUCAGGUCAAAAGGUCUUUUAGAACACAAUCAGAUAGACAUAUAGCUGGAAAGUUGUCUUCCAAACUUAAACAUGAAAGAAAGAAUUCGUAUCCGGAACGGGAACUAUCUGCAUUAAAAAAUGCGCAGAUGUUCGAAAUAGCACCCGAUACAUUGGAAGUAUCGGCCAAACCAAAGACUAGAGUCGGGAAUGAGUACAGUAGAUUGGAUUAUGAGACGAGAGAUCUUGCUGCAGAUAUAAGACAAGAAAGACUAAAGACAGAAAGUGCUAUUGUGAAUGAACAUUUGGCAGAAGAUGACAGUGCUAUAGACCUGGACAGUAUGGAGGCUGACAGACAAGUAGUUGUACCACCUGAUCUAGACUUUAUUGAUCCAGGUUAUGAAAAAUUGCCAGUGAGAAGAAAACAACCUGAUAUAAAGGCGGAAGUUGUCGAUUGUCAGAAAAGUCCAGAUUGGGACCCGCGAUAUGAGUCAAUGCAAGAUGUGAAACAGAAGAUAAAGGAAAGGUUUGCUGAUGCAUCUGUGGAUAAGACUAAAGAUGAUAUUGAAUCAGCAUUUGAUCCAAACUAUGAAUCAGUCGCUGAGGCUAAAGCUAAGCUUGGUGAUAAAGUUAGUAAGAGUGAUAAUGAAAAUGAAAUGGAGAUUUUGGAAGAUCCCGGAUAUCAGACUGUAAAGGAUGUUAAAAGGGAAAGAGAAAAGAGAGAGUGCGAUAUGAAACCACCAAAAACAUACAACCUAAAUCAGUCAAUUGAAUCUUUAGAUGAACCAGGCUAUGAAUCACUUAAUGAUGUGAAAAGGAAAAUGCGUGAAAUUGCAGACAAACCAAUGGUUAAAGAAGAAGAUAUGAAUGACUCUGCAUUAGAAAUGUCCAUUAUGGCACCAAAUCAAAAGCCUUCUGAUGAUCAAGAAAACGACCCUGAUGAAGUGAAAACUAAUAAGUUGAGCCAUAGUGGCAACUUAAAGUCGCCAGAAAGUGAUUCGGGUAUACGGGGUUUGACAGAAGCAGCUGUUACUCUGACUGGUUUUGCAACUGCCUUGUCUGGCUCAUGUUCAGACCUGACUCAGAGUGGGCCUCACAAGUCAACGACGGAGAGCAAAGACAGUGGGUUUGCAAGCAAGGAACGAAGUGUCGAUUCUGAGCAUGAAGACAACCUGUACAGCUCCAUCAAGAAAAAGACUAAAGCAUAUGAGGAGGACCCCCAAUACAGCUCUGUGAGAAAGGACCGGACAGCUUCAGACCAAUCUCUUGAACCUGAGAAGACAGAGCAGCUUGUGCCCGUUCCGGUCGAGGCAUAUGACAGUGAUACAGAACUCAGCUUGGAACCAGGAUAUGCCGAGUGUGCUGACGCCAUCAAAGGUUGCAUCCCAUAUUCCAUCUACUCUGACGGCAGUGGUUCCAAAGUCUCGAGCUGUAUGAGUCUUGACUUGUCCGCUGAGGACUUUAUUCAGGAGCCGGGUUAUGCAGAGUGUGCCGAUGCCAUUAAACAUGGCGCGAUCAAGAAAAUAUCUGUCUCCCAUGAAAGGCUGGUGGAAUGUAGAUCGGACGAAAGACUCAAUGUAGAACCCGAGAUAUAUGCUAAUCCCCAGAUUCUGUUUAGAAAGAGGUCGAAAAUGCUUGAAGAUAGUGUUGAAGAAAGUCUUGGAGGAACUGAAGAUGAUAUGGAUAUAAAUGUUGCAGAGAAAAGGAAAAGUAUUGAUGGGUAUGGUAAGAAAGAUAAAAAUAGAAAAUCUGGAAGAAAAACAGUUGAGGUGAAAGAGGAGCUCCCUGUGGCACCCCCAUUGCCAGCUAGAAAUUAUAGCUUGUAUUUGGAAAGUGAAGAAGCGGAAAAGACUGUUAAUGAGGUUUUAGAAGAACUUAAACUUGAAGGAGAUGAAAACGAUGCUUUUGAAAAUGUUAAAAAUACUUUUGCAGAAUCUUGUGGAGUUGGAGCUGAACCAAGUAAAAUGCCAAAAAAUAGUGAUGUGGACUUAAAAAAAGAACCAUGCAGAAAUGUUGCUGAAUUGGAUAGAGAAUGUCUCGGUUCGAAUUGUGAAGUUGAGAAAAAGGGAAAGACAUCAAGUAAAGAAACUCUUACUGAGCAGUGUGAUGUUGAAAAAAAUAAUGAGCAACAUUGUGAAGCAGGCAGUAAAAAAUGUGGUGUAAAAAGUUCUUCUCAUUGUUCGGGAGGUGAAGGCUGUGGCAGUGGUAAUGAUGAUGAUGCUGAUGAUGCUGAUUGUUUGAAAGUGAAAGUCACAGACAGUUGCGGAAAAGAAUUCAUGCUAAAGGUUGUUGAAAAAGAGGAAUCUAUGAAAAUUAGAGUCAAACGAAAACAAAGUAGAGGAAAGAGUAUUACAAGUGAUGAGAAAGGCACUCGUCCAGGUCUAGAAGGGGGUGGUCCAAAUCUAACCAUGGGUGGUCCAGAUCUAGAAAGGUCUGGUCAAAGAACUGGUUUUGGUUUAGAAGAGUCUCAUCCAAAUACAGUAGGAACUGGUCCAAACCUAGAUAAAACAUGUGAUCUUGAUAACACUAAAGAAGAAAAUGAUCUUAAUGCAAAGAAUAUCUCAUUGGUUAAAGAUGAUCUUCAUGUUUGCAAAGCUUUAAAUUCUGAAUUGAAGGACCAAAAUGAGUCUUCAGACCAUUCUAGGGAAGUGAUAACAUGUGAUAACAGUGAAAGUACUUUAACUGAAUGUUUUGACACCAAAAGAUGUGACUCUGGCAAGCAAUAUAAUUGCGAUGUCUCUUUAACCAAUGUUGAUGGUUGUUUAAUUACUUCUGCUUACAAUUGUUCUCAAAGCUCUCACAUAUCAACCAAAGAUCAAAGUGCUUACCAAUGUACUGACACAAAUGAUGAUGUUUUAUGUAGUGGUGAUUCCUUUCACAGCAAAAAUAUUACACAUUCUCUUAAUUCAGACACAACUUUUCAAGAGGUACAUGUAUCUGAUGGUAUUGAUCAUGAAUCUGAUAAUACAUAUCAAAAAGACGUUUCAGCAUUAGUAGUUGGUGUUAAAGCGGACAGAGCUCCAUCAGUAAAUGUUAUUAAAAUGAAAUCUGUGUCUUCAAUGGAUUCAGAUUUUGAUAUGUUAGAUAAUGAAGAUUUGCCAAAGUUGGAAAUUAGCGAGAGUGAUCUGGACAGUCCAUUUGAAGCAAGCGAUGCUUCCAAUAACCCUGACACUCAAUUUGAUAUUGCAAAUGAAAGUGCAACUAUUGUUAAGAUGACUAAUGAUCUGACAAAGGACUUAAGUGGGAAGUCUGAACCUAUGAGGGAAGAAAGUGAAGUGCUAAAUAAUGAUCAGAAUAAAGGCAUAGGUGAACAUAGAGGUAUGACUGGUCAUGAAGAGGACAGAGUUGAAUCAACAGCAGGAACUGUUAAAUUUGCUCUAGACUUAAGUAUCAGUGAAAAAACUGUAGAUGGUUGUCAGGAAGCAGAAACUAUGGUUGUGAAUAUAGAGAAAAUUGAUGAACUUUGUGCGUUUAAAAUUGUUGAUCCGGAAUGUGAGUUGAGCGAUGACAGUGCAAUAGAAGAUAAUGUUGACCAAGAGAGAGACACUAGUACACAUAUAGCAACAAAUGUUGUAAAAGAGCCAGGUGACAUUUCUGUUGAUGGAAUUUGUACAACUGAAACAUCACUGUGUGAAACUGAUGGCUCAAUGGAAAACACUGAAACAGUCUCACGAAAUAUAGUUCUCUCGCCAAACCAACCUCUUCAGGCCUAUGAUCCAAGGUUGUAUGUAGAUUGUGAACCAACUCAUAUGUCAUUAUUUGAAGUAUUGGGACAUAGCCAACCUCAUGUUGCGAAUGUGUCACAUUCUGGCGAACCCCCACCCCCUCGACCGCCUCCUCCUAGUUUGACCAAUCAAAUGGAGACAUCUCCAUUAAAUGAUCCUGCUCAUACUUCUAAUGUAUUUUUGUAUGAUGAAAGUGUUCAUGGACUACCUGUUUUUUCACCAGAUCCUAGUCAACAUGCAAAUGUAUUUAACUGCUUUUCUGACACUGAAGAUGGUUCACGUAAUACACACUCCUUAAAUAACUCAGACAAUUCACACAUUCCUAGAGAUUUCUUAAUGGGCUCACAUUGCACCAAUGAGGAUGGCUCUAUAAAUAGCCAUGCUCCGCCUCCAAGACCACCUCCUAUUGCUAUUGGUCAAUCUGAGAGCAGCAGAGAUUCAAACAGCAGUCAGUCAAGUUCAAGAAGUGCUGGGACACCUCAGGAUGAGACAUUGCCAGGGUUCAGGUUUCUGAGCGGAAGUGGUCCGUCAGACGAGGAAGGGGGCAACCCCCCUGCCAUACCCCCCAGAGCAAGUACACGACAUGGAAAUAAGACAACCAAGAGACCAGCCUCCUACUCCCAAGACUUCAUGAAGAGUAUGCGGCAACUGAAGGAUUGUGGCUGGUACUGGGGCCCUCUUAGUUGGGGGGAAGCGGAGAUGAAACUGGCCAACAAACCGGAAGGAACGUUUCUCGUGCGGGACAGUUCCGAUGAGCGAUACAUCCUCAGUCUCUCCUUCAAGAACCAGGGGCGUGUGCAUCAUACUCGGAUUGAACAUCAUAAAGGACAUUUUAGUUUCUGGUCUCAGCCUGAUUCCCACGGUAAAUCGACCAUCAAGGAUUUUAUCGACCAGUGUGUGGAGAACUCCAGAAAUAAUCGGUUCCUGUACUUCAUUCGUCCAAGCGGUCCUGGGAGUCCCCCGCUUCCAAUUCACCUGCUCCAUCCUGUCUCAAGGUUUGUUCAGAUGAGAUCCCUACAGCACAUGUGCCGAUUCCGUAUUUUACAGCUUGUGCGACGAGACCAUAUCGACCAUCUUCCCAUCCCAACCCGAAUUAAACAGUACCUUAAAGAAACACAGUAUUACGUAGAAUACUUAGACGAUUAACUGACUUUGCAAAACUAACUGACCUAUCAAGCCAAGUUUGGUAAAAUUUGAGUGGACCGGGUUUAUUUUUUGGCCAAAUGUAAUUUAAUUAAUCAUUCGCAAGACAAAAGAUGAAGCAAUAAUAAGGUUGGUCUUAUAAAAGCUGGAAAUCUUUUGUCGAGAUUUUCAGCAAAAGGAAGAUCUUUGAAUCACUGUAAUAUAAAGAAAACUUAGCCGAUAUUUAAGCUUAGUUUCUUGCUCACAAAACAUGUUCUGAUUAAAAUAUCUUUAUUACAAAAUUACUUAAUUUAUUAUGUAGAAAUUCUUAAAAUGAUUAGCGGGUAUUAAGGUAUUGUAAAAAAAUUCAAACUUUUCAGGGUUUUUUUACAAAUAGGUUAACUUACUAACUAACUAAUGUUGCUAUUUUGCGUAUUAUAAUAAGUGCAUGUAUGAAGCAUGUAUGAAGCUUAAAGUUAUGUUUAAACUGAAAAUAUGGCCAUGUUAGAAUAUUAUAUUUAUUGUUAUAUAUCUCCAAAGACUUACAUAUUUAGAAAAUUUAAGUUAGAAAAUAAAUACUAUUAUAAUAUUAAUGUUUUCUCUAAUUGAUUUGUUAUUUAGCCUGUAUAUGCCUAUAAAACGCACAGGGCACUUGUCUUUUUGAAAACCCUGAAUUAAAGCUUAAAAAGAACUAUUUUUGGCCAUUUUAUAGCCUGAUAUAUUGGGUUAUGUUCCAAUUCAAAAAAGUCUUGUUUUUUCCCCUAAUGUUAAUUAGAUUUCCCCAAAAAGAGUAUUUGAGUAUAUUCAACCUUCAAAAUAAUUUAUAAUAAAAUCUAAAUUUUAUGAAAAAUAACUUGAAAAAUUUCCAUUUCCAAGGAUAUACAUGUAGGUAAUUUUUUUUAAAAACUACUGAAAAAAAACACAUGGAUCUAAGCAGACACAAAAAAAUGAAACUUCAGGCCGGCAGCCUAUGAUAUGGUUCAGAUAAGGGAAAGGCUGGCCUAUGAUAUGUUGCAAAGGAGCAUAAGGUUAGCUUUUGAUAUAGUACAGGAGAAUAUUUUGAAUAUUGGUUAUACACACUUGUGCAUUUUAUAAAUUAGUGUCUAAUUAAAGUGUUCAUACAUUUUGUUAUUUAUUGUUGAUUAUGCUGGCAUACAUAGGUGUAUUAAGACUUAAUUACUUUAUCCAUUUUGUUUGUGAGAUGAUGGAUCAGUUGUUCAGAACUUUAUUAAUGUUAGCAGCAAGGUAGUUCAGUUUAAAAGGUGAUUUUUUUAAAUAUAUUUCAAAAAAACAUUUAGAGCAUUUGGAACUCCUCAGCUAUUUUCCAUCGAAAACAACUUUGGAUGUAUGCUAGUACAUCGGUUGAAGUAUUUUAUAAAAUUUUAAAUAUUAGUAUUAAUAAACUGUAGUGUUUUUACGUGUAUUUCGUAUGUCUAAGUUUAAAGUGAUUGCCAGUGAAGUGUAUUAUUGCAUAAAUAAUUCAGAUUCCCAAGAGUAAAGGCAUAAAGUUUAACUGCUAUAUUGAAAUUACUACACUAUCUACUUACAGCAUAGUUCAAUGUAAAGAAUUCGGACAUUGUAAACCAUCCAUAUACAUCCAAGUUUGUUUUUCGAUAGAAAAUGGCCAAGAUUUCCGAAUGCACUUAGAGCUAAAACAGUUGUCACAAUCCUUGUUAAAAUAUUACAGAUCGAUCAGGAUGGCUAUGAAAGGUCCAGAUCAGUAAAUAUUUAAAAAUUAACAAUGGUGACAUUAACAGAGUUGUUAACUUAAUAAUAUUCUGACAAUCAGUCCAAUAAGUUUUCAUUGUUUGUUGAUAUCAUGUUGACUUGAACAUAUUUAGCUGCUGCAUUUAAAAAAUGUUUUAGUUUAAAUUUUUCUUGUUUUUAAUUUUCAUUAUUGGAAGUAUACCGUGACAAUAAUAUGAAAAUGAUUUUAGCUUAUUAUGACAUCAUCAUUUAUGGCUGAUAUAAUUUUAAGUAUUGUUAAUUCUCAUUAUGACACAAAAAAGUUUUUAACUACAGUGGAACCCUGUUGGCUCGAACUCCCCUCAGCGACAAUACCUCGAGCCUCGGAGACAUCGAUGAAUUUGAGCCAAGCGAUUUCGAGCCAACGGGUUCGACUGUAACUGUUUGCCAAAGAAUGUUUUAAAAGGUUGAAGUUCAUUUUUGUUAAAAAGGGGAUUUCUCAUUUCUCAAUUUUUAAUGAUUUUUCUCAACUCCUUUACCCUCAUUAUGUAAAUAUUACAUGGCUUCAAUGUGAUAAUUGGAUUAUGACUUACAUAUUAUUAUUAAUGAUACCUCCAAUUUAAUUGUUCUCAUAAAAAUUAUAAGUUUAUAUCUCAUAUAAUCAGCCGUGUUAUUUUAACAUUUUCAUAAGAAUGAUCUUCUUAGCCAAUUUGUUCUCAAAAAGAGGCACUCGCUGCUUUUGUAACAUUUUCAUAAUAAUUAUUGCAUACUUAUCUGUCGUUGUCACAAAAUGGGCUGUGCUAAUUUAAUUAUUUUUUGUAAUCAUUGUCUUAUUCUUAAUUGCUGUAACAUAUUGAUGUAACAGGCUGUGCUAUUUACAUACCAUUCAUCUUUAUGAUCUUCUUCUCAUUUGCUUUUACAUAGUUAAAGUCUGUCAUGACCGACUGUGCUAUUUUCACAUUUUCAAAAUCAGGGCCCACAUUUACGAACAGUCUCAAGUCCAAGUCUAGACUCAGGCUCAGAAAAGCAAACAAUCAUCUUUAUUCCAUUUGUUUGACAAAAAUAAAUGUAAAAAAAUGUGAAAAAUAAAUUUCGUCGAUUUUCAUCGUAAAAUGAGAAGACCUAGAAAGAAUGAUGUGCUACAGUGUAUUGGAAGAUUUUGUUUUCUGCCACUUAAGUCUGCAUUCAGACUUUAGACUGUUUGUAAUCAUGGCCCCUGGGCCAAUGUCUUGGUCUAGGGCUGGUCUUAAUUGGAUCAAGGAACGAUGUAGCUAAUCCGAUUGCUUGUUAUAAAUAACUGACCAAUAGAGUGAAUGAAGUCAAUGAUGUAUGACCAUAAGAUUGACUUGAGUUGAAUUUUGAAUACCAACCUAGGGCCAAUCAUCGUCUUUAAAAAAAAAAAAUUCUGUUUGUUGCCAAAUUCAAAAUACCCCAAAAAUUCAAAGUAAUUGAUAACUCCUCAUGAGAAAUCUAACUAUCCUGCUGGAGUUGUUUCCCUUACAGUGAAUUUUGAGUAUUUCCCUGUGUAGCGUGUGAGACUAGGAGUGAUAAUGUUGAUUGAUGACAGUAUUAGUGAAUUGGACCAAUUUUUUUUAGUAUUGCAUUGAAGCCGACUACCUAUCAAUAUUAUUUAAAGCUGCACUUUCACAGAUUUAUCGUUUUGACAAGUUUUUAGUUUUUGUCUAUAAAUGAGCCAAUUUUUGCAUGAAUGUCUGGAAGCCAGUGAUUUAAGACUGCUUACUAAAGAUUUUACUAAAGUUUAGAUUGCAGUUUUUCAUAUUUAUGUUUGAAAAAUGAUGUUAAAUGGCGAAACCGUUGAUAAGGCUUUCAAAAAAUGCAAUUUUAGGCAGUUAACCAAACAAUCGAGACUUUUUCUAUUGUGAAUUAUCUAUUUAAAUAUGACUGAAAUGAAGGCAUUGUUGCCAAAAUCCGUUGAUUCUGAGACCAAAAAAAAGAAGUGUUGAAACUUACAAUCUUUGAGAGUGCAGCUUUAAAAAAAACUUAACAUUGCUUGUUUUGAAAACAACCUCCUAUUUCCAUUUAGUCAUUAAAGUUGUUAUAUCUAGUGGGUAAUGAAGAAACUCAAGCAUGGGCACUGCCUAGUGUAGAGGCAUUAUGUGCUAAACACUAAAAAGUUAGCAUUUAUAUUAAGUCUUCUUAACAAUUAAGUCUUGGCACGCUGUGUCGUGUCUGCCACUGUUCAGGAAACCAAAAUUAAACACUGACUAUUUAACACUAGUUUAGCAUUUUUCAUACCACGAAAAGAACUCGUUGAACUGAAAUGGAUAUUAAUUUCCUUGUAAGGAAAUGUAGAGCUGUUCUUUUUUCCCUCGGAAAUGCACUUGAUGUAUGUCUACAAAUUCUUUAGGGAGGAAAUAAUUCCUUUAAGGUAUCCAAUACAUUAUAAUGUACUGAUUUUCAUGGUUAUUUUGGUAGCAGUCAAAGGCGUUGUCCUGAGGUGUCAGGAAUGGCAUCUUAGUUUAAACUUAAUUAAUUUAUCAACGAUUCUGAAAUAAGCUAUUGCAACUUAAAUAAAUCACUCUCCUUGGCACAAUGUUGCAUGAGAUUAUGGUCUUGUGUUGUGGGGUAAACCGGAGUUAACAGAGAAAACCCACUUGUCCGGCUUGGUGACCACUAACCAAACUCACAUGCUCCCAGGCUGGGAUUCGAACCCGGGUCGCCUUAGUGAGAAACGAGUGCGCUAACCAUUGCCCUAACUGGUAUAACACAUCAGGGAUGGCAUCUGAACUGUUGCUCGAGGUGGAUUGAUUUUAUCAUUAUCAUCCCUCAGACACCAAGAGACAACAGUUUUGACUGUUGAAUGGCAGUAUAAUAUAAGAAAUAUAACUCACCACUUCAAGCCAUGUGACAUUUAUAAGGACCGGAAGGCAGCCCACGAAGGUGAAUGGACCUCGGCAUUAGCCGAGCAAAUGCCUCAGUGAGGUGUAAAUUUUCUUGAAUAUAAUGUAUUUUUGGUAAUCUAUUUUACCUAUUGUUCUAGUUAUCUGCAAGCAAUUAUAUAUUUUUUUGGUAUAGGUUUAACAUGUAGGGUGGAUUGUUCAGCGUUUUGUUAAAGUUAGCCACAUUGUGAACUUCAUCGUUGUUAACUUUAAAAUUGUUUCUGCUCUGGAAGUUUCAUGGAUACACUUUGUGAUCUGCUGUGUUUCCAACAAGAUUUAAGACAGAUGUAUCACCAUUACUUGUUUUACACAUAUAUACGAGCACAUCAUAAUUAACUUCCCUUUAUAAUGUUAACAACAACACUGUUUACAAUGUUGUUAACUUUAACAAAGUUCUGAACACAACUGGCCUUAAACAUUAUUAUUCGAACCCAUUCAGAAACUGUUAACUUUAACAAAGUUUUCAGAACAAUUGGCCAUUAAAGCUAUUAUCAAUGGAGCUCUGUCAGAAAGUAUUCUUCUUUGUGCGUCAGACUCCUUAAGUUAAAGAUAUGUAAGAGCAGUUAAAAAUAACCAUAAUUAUUUAGUUCUUGGUAAUCCCUUACCAUGUUCAAUGAACUGUAUGAACCAAGAAACAUUUUAAACCAGGAACUAUAAUUCUUUUCUUUAACUUAGAUAAUUUUGUCUGGAUCUAUAAUUAUUCACAGCUCGGUGUCGUAAAAAUUCUAGCUCCCUACCGCUUCUAAGAAUGAGACUAAGGAACCUCAAUUUUACAUGAAGACAAUUUUGUCUAGACAGUUCGCUACUGUCACUUUCCUAUCCCCUUCCCAGAAUAAUAACGGGGGAAAUUGUUUAAUAACUUUGUCUGAAUUUUUUUUAUUAAAUUGAGGAAAUAAGUUACGCGGUUUAUGCUUGAUUCUGCACUAACAUUUUAACUGCUACCUGUACUUUUAAACAAUUCCUGUGACUUUUGACUAACUAUCUAAUGUGACGACUUUAACCUCAGUUUGUCAAGCAUGUUAUUGAUGGGAGCCCUGCCGUGAAUGCCCUUUUUGUAACACCCAAACAUCACCUUUUAUCCCUGCAGCGCCCUUUUUUUGUAAAAGAUUAAGUAACUUAUUUCAUUUAUCCAAUUCCUAACUUGAUCUUGAAUUUGCUAUAUAAACAAAGCCAUUAAGAUAAUUCCCAUUUAAAGUCCAAAAACUCUUAAGAAUGUAAAUAUUACACAAAAUAUACGAAAACAAAAAUAGUAAACAUAGCUUAAUCCUGUUAUAAGGAAAUUAAGAUGUUUUGAGAAAUUGGGACAAGGGGAGCAUUGACACUUGUUUGUGGUGCUCUUGUUAAAACUGUAAUAAAUGUUUUCUAAAUUUUGUAAUAAACACUCUUUUAAAAAGAGGACAGCUGCAUGUGGAGGGACUACCAAUGCCUGUCUGUUUUUUUGAGAUUAAAAAAGGGCAAUAAUCCAAUGAUUUUUUAAGCCAGAGUUAUGGGUAUUGAUGUAUAUGUGUCUAUUUUCACAGGGAAUGUCUAUACCAAGUGUCUUGUUAAAGGGGCUAGACACCAGAUAGUCAAUUAAUCGGCAAUUAGUUUUUCUCAAAAGAAGCCUAGAUCUUGAAACGCUCUACUUUUAGGAGGCAGAUAAUACAUCACUUCAUGUGGUUGAAAUAAUAAAUGCAACAAUCGGUUAAAAUCGAGCAUAAUUGUUUUCCAGUUUAAUUCAUAUCUGUUUAUGAGUACAGAUAAAUAUACCAACGCUUUUUUUUAACUUACUUGGAUUUACGUUGUAGACAACCCUAGUAAAUUACGAAUUGGAAAAAUGCGCAACAGUUGCAUGUAUGGUAAGCAUUGUGAUACAUCAGUAAGUAAGUCAAUGCGUUGUAUUCAACUUUGUCAAUUUUUUAGGUUUUAAGUUUUUUGUAUCAUCUGGUGUCUAGUCCCUUUAAUGGAAACUACAGACUGAAUAUGAAAUAAAUAAUUGCUCCAUCAUAGGUUAAGUAGACUAGACAGUUAGAUAAGGCGAUGGCAUGAAGUUAGAACAUGUACGUUGAAUUGCUAUGCAUUUUCAAUAGCAUUACCAACGUUUUGAGUAAAAAAAAGAGCAUCUUCUGGCACGUUUUUAAUUUUUAAUAGUUAGCUUUCAAUUCUGGUUUUCUAUAUGCUUAGCUUUGCAGGGUUGGCAGGCUGGAUGCAGCCCUGCGCGAGUUUUUGUUUAGUAGGAUAAAAUAAACUGUGAGUGUUCAGCUCAUAAUGCCUAUCAAAUGCCUCUAUACUAGCCACUGUGCAUGCGCAAGCUUCUGAAUUACUAACACAAUGAAACCAAUUAAUGACUAAAUGGAAAUGUGGCUGGAGCAAAAGUCCGCUCGGUGUAGGGCUCGAAUCCACGACCGCCAGAACAAUAGCAUGGCGCUCUAACCAACUGAGCUACCCGGGUGUCUCAUUCUUAGCCACACACACUACACUUCUCCACCCAUGACCUUUUAAGUGGCUCGAGGCACUCCUGCUGUUUACCGAUGCCACCAUUAAAGUAAACCUGUGAGUUAAAUAAAGCCUGAAUACUUUUUAACAAUAGAGCCAAUUUGAACCGUUGUAGAUGUUCUAUCAAAUUUACAAGCAUAUUGUUCACAUUUCUGACCCUAUAAAAUAUUAACGAGUCCCUGGAAUAAACAUCUCAUUGCUGUUAAACAACAUUUGAUCUACUUAAUGGAAAAUGCGUUAAGCUCUGAAGCGAAAUUUCUUGAAAUUUUCAUAGUCAAAUUAUAAAAAAUGUUUAAGCGGUUUUAAUAUUAAAGUAUUUUUUUCAUAUGACUUAAGAGAUACCAAUAUUAUGAAAGUGACUUAAGUUAGGAAAUGACUUAAGAAGUGUUUUGAAUACCACCCUAGGAUUAGAUCUAAGAGCCCUUGAGAACUAACAGCUUAAGCCACAUGUAUGAUGAUCCCCCAUCCAUCCUUACUCAUUUUCUAUUUGUGAUGAAAAAAUGAUUUUUCAAGGCUUCUGGAAUGCUGAGAUGCAAGGGAGCAUUGACACUUCUGUAGCUAUUGAUGGUGUCAAUGAACUGUUCUCAUCCUCAUGCAGAUAAUAUCGAAUGAAAACUUACAUGAUGCCCUACAAGUUUUCACUGUCAAACGCACAUGCCAGCUGUGGAGCGAUUUAUGACGAUCUAUGAAAAAUAAACAUUGUUCAGGGCGAACUCCUAAGGCUUUCUGAGCAAAAUCCGCUGGGAAGGCAUUCAGAAUUGUUGCAUGACGUAUGUUUGCCUCUCCUGAAGGAUUUCUCUUUGCCAGACUGUAUUAUGUAAUCUAGUAAUCUAGCUAUAUAAUUAUGUACUGAAUUGCUUGCCUACAUAAAAAUGUCGUGCAUUGUGUAAUUUCUUAUGCGCAUGUUUUGAAGUUUCCUUGCAUGAUUUGUUAUCAAGAACGUCACCUAUAUUUCUGUUACCUCUGUGCAGAACUCGGUGUUAACAUCACCUUGGAGUGGUUUCGUAACUAUUCAAAUUACUUGUCUUUAAAUAGAACACUGAUCAUCAUUAGUUGAAAAUGUAGAUCAUUUUGCACAGUGAUUUUCUAUUAAAACUUCUCUAUUAUGAACAGGCGAUGCAAUCCUUAAUAAUCUAUUCAUGUUACAGAAGUGUUAAGUUUCUGUGUCACAUGCUUGGUUAAAGGCCCAUACACUGAUUUUUAUAUGUUUGAUUAAAGGCCUAUAUACUGAUUUUUGUAUGCUUGAUUAAAGGCCCAUUAACUGAGCCAAUGAGGUUGUAUUCGAAGUCGAUUACGCUAUGCUCACUCUGCCUAUUCUUAAUCAUUAAGAUUUUAAUUCAUGUCAGUUAUUCUAACUAUUACAUAACUUUUCUAAAACCCCUCAAAAAAUGAUAUACAAAGGUUAACACAUGGACCUUUUUUUAUAAAUACAAUGAUAAAAAUCUUGCAUUAUGAUUCAAACCCAGGUAACUCAGGGCUUGCUGUCUAUGGCCAUAUCCAUUACACCAGUUAAGGUGGGUUUUUUUGUAAGAUAUAAACCCAAUUUUAAGUUACAGGCAAACCCUGUUGGCUUGAAUUACCAGGGACCAGCAAAAAUACCUCAAGCCUCGGAAGAUUUUAGCCAAGCGAGAAUGCAUUUAUUUGGUAGAAAAAAAUCGGUCCUUUACAUCCAAUUCCAGCCAAUGAGGAAUUCGAGCCAAGCGAGUUUGAGCCAUUGGGUUGUUCAAAAGUAUAUCAUCAUUGAAACAAAAGUUGUCAGCAUUUGAAUUUUUAUUGUUUUAAUGUUUUGAAAACUCUGCUAGAUUCUUAGACGAUGCUUGAAAAACAAAAUUAUCACUUUGGUCGGCUUAUUUUGCUUCAUGUAUAAAGUUAUGAAAAGCUUUCAGGAGACUUAAUUCAAGCUAAAUGGUAUUCAAUAUUUAACUAAAGUAAAUCUUAUAGUCGUGCAUCAUUGACUUUAUUCACUCUAUUGGUCAGUUAUUAUUUACAAGUAAUCUGAUUAGCUACAUCGUUCUUAGUUCCAAUUAAUACUUUUAUUGAAUACAAGCCCAGGUGUUUAUUAUACCCCCCAAAACAAAGUUUGGGGGGGGGGUAUACUGGAAUCGGGUUGUCCGUCUGUCCGUCUGUCUGUCUGUCCGUCUGUCCGUCCGUUUUUUUUUGUCCGGGAUUCAUCUUUGUCGUUAUUGAACAAAUCUUUUUCAAACUUUCAGAUAUUAAUGGCCAUGAUGUAAACUUGCGCCUCUGUGAAAUUGGUACGGGUCACAUGACCCUGACCAGAGUUAUCUCCCCUUGAUGUGUUAAAGUAGGCAAAAUAAGCCCUGUCCGGGAUUCAUCUUUGUUAUUAUUCAACAAAUCUUUAUCAAACUUUCAGAAAUUAAUGGCCAUGUUGUAAACUUUCGCCUCUGUGAAUUUGGUACAGGUCACAUGACCCUGACUGGAGUUAUCUCCCCUUGUAGGCAAAAUUAGCUUUGUCCGGCCUAACUCCAGGGCAAACAACCUAGACAUGGAGGGGUGGGGGGUAUUCGUUAGCCUAUGGCUUACAGUUCUAGUUUCAAUUUUUUUAAGUAUAAUCAAAUUAACUAUCCAAAGCUUAGAAUGCCCCUUUAAUUAGUUACAGAUUUUCAGGGACUUAAAAGAGAACAUCAAAUGACUAUUGUCAAUUAAAAGGUCACUUUUUGGUGCAUUUUUUCAUAGGUCUACAAAAACCAUCCUAUAUGCCAGCUUUAAAAAACGCCUUCGAGGGAAAAACGGGGCUGGCUUCAGGAUUUCAUGUUAGCGGUGUAAUCUUAAAUAUUUAAUCUACGUCAUCUCAUGAUGUGUAUAUUGCACGGUUUAAAAUGUCCGCAUGAGGAAAGUGAUUUGUACGAGUAUCUGCAGCGCAAGCUUACAACGACAAGUUUAAAAUCAUUUUAAUGACUUUAACUAUAAAGGUGCAACUUUACAUGUACAUAAAACGUGACAUUAGCUUCACGUUCAAUUACACACAAAUGUCGAUAUUCGCAACCCGUCUCUAUUAUUAUACUGUUGUGAAACAGGCUUUUUGUGUUAUAUAAGGUAUAAUUUCAUAAUUGUGGCUCAAAAUGGUUUGGGUUUUUUUGUAUUUGUAUUUGAAAUGCUUUUUGUUUCCGUUGACAAUUUCGAUUUGUUUCAUAUCAUUAAAUAUAGUUAAGUUCGAUCAUUUUCGAUGGGACGCACCAGGUGUCACACGCCUUGUAUUAUGCAAUUAACAUUGAAACCAUGGAUGCCAGUAAAUAUAACUUGUAUCCCAAUGCAUGUAUAUUAUUAUUCUUAUGUAAAGAAAAGAUUCAUUGCACAUAAGCAAAUACUAGUAACAAUCUCUUUGACACUCGAUAACACUUGAUAUUCAUUUGUACACUGUACAAUUGGUCUAAUUUACAAAAUGAGGCUCUCUAGUUCUUAUCUGCUCUCCCUAGUUAAAAUGAACCUUUGUAUGGCCAGUCAUAAACUUAGCUCAAUCAUUCUGCUUGCAGCUUGGCCAUGCCAUUUGUAAUUAAAAUUGCAGGUAUACAAUUUCCAACAAAGAGUGUAUAAGGACUUAGUUGACUUACUUCUGUUUGACUUACCAGUACUUUGGUUGCACUAAGGCUGCAAAGGAAUUUUUUUGGUGAUUGUGCAACUUGCUUUGACUUAAAAUGAUCUACUUUAUUUGCUGGCUAUUUUAAACCUGCACAAGUAUUGUUAUUCAAGGGUAUCUCAAUAAAACUUUGACUUAGUAUAUUCUAACACUAGCCCAGAUUUCCACUCAAAAGAACACUCAAGCCCAUCUUUAUUUAUAUAGAAUUUGCAGAACAUAAGGAACUUUCUUCUACUUCUGUAAGCAUAGCAAACAGAAGAAAAGUAGUAUCUUACAAAACUAUAGUGGCACCCACUUGGAUCAUUUUUGGAUACGUCCCUCC